CUGUAUGCCGGUGACCGGGAGAACAGCCGCGGCAGCAGAAGGCCGGGCCGCUGCCUCCGCCAUGGAUCCGGUCCGGCUGUUCCGCGACGCGGUGUGAGGGUGUGCGUUUAAAAAUGGUGCAGAAGUACCAGUCCCCUGUUCGAGUCUACAAAUAUCCCUUUGAGCUCGUCAUGGCGGCUUAUGAGAAGCGCUUUCCCACGUGCCCAGAGAUCCCUGUCUUCCUGGGCAGUGAGAUCCUUCAGGAAUCCAAGAGUGAUGAUGGAGCUGUUCAUAUUGUCGAACGGAGUUGCAAGCUGAAUGUGGACGCUCCGCGGCUGCUGAAGAAGAUCGCUGGGGUAGAGUAUGUCUUUUUCAUACAGAAAAACACCGUAAACUGGAAGGAGCGAACACUCCUCAUUGAGGCUCACAACGAGACCUUUGCCAAUCGUGUUGUUGUCCUUGAGACGUGUAGCUACUCGGUUCACCCUGAGAAUGAAGAGUGGACGUGCUUUGAACAGUCUGCGUCUCUUGACAUCAAGUCGUUCUUUGGCUUUGAAAAUACAGUGGAGAAAAUUGCCAUGAAGCAGUACACUGCCAACAUCAAGCGGGGCAAGGAGGUGAUCGAACAUUACCUGAAGGAGCUGAUCUCCCAGGGCAUCACCUUCAUCCCCCGAUGGACACCUCCACCAGUGAGCAGACAAAAGGAAAAGAGGGCCCUGGCUGUGGGACACAACCUUGGUAUUGUGCCAGCAGAGUCUUGCAUGCAUGGAACUACCAAAGAGCAGCCAGGCAGCUCGUGCCCCGCUGCAGAGACGGCUAGCCCUGAUGCUGACAAACUGGACGCUGAUUACAUUGAACGGUACCUGGGCCAGCUGACUCCAAUGCAGGAAAGCUGCCUGAUCCGACUCCGUCAGUGGCUGCAGGAAAUGCACAAAGGCAAGAUCCCCAAAGAUGAGCAUAUCCUUCGAUUCCUGAGGGCUCGCGAUUUCAACAUCGACAAGGCUCGCGAGAUGCUCUGCCAGUCGCUGACCUGGCGCAAGCAGUACCAGGUGGAUUACAUCCUGCAGACCUGGCGACCCCCGUCCCUGCUGGAGGAGUACUACACCGGGGGGUGGCAUUACCAGGACAAAGAUGGCCGCCCCCUCUACAUCCUCCGCCUUGGUCAGAUGGACACAAAAGGUUUGCUGAAGGCCCUGGGAGAAGAGUCGCUCCUGCGACACGUUUUGUCAAUUAACGAGGAGGGACAAAAGAGGUGUGAGGAAAACACCAACCUGUUUGGCCGUCCCAUCACAUCCUGGACGUGUCUGGUGGAUUUGGAAGGGCUAAACAUGCGCCACCUGUGGCGGCCUGGGGUUAAGGCUCUCCUUCGGAUAAUCGAGGUUGUAGAGGACAAUUACCCUGAGACACUGGGGAGGUUACUGAUCGUGCGAGCACCACGGGUUUUCCCUGUGCUGUGGACUCUGGUUAGUCCCUUCAUCAAUGAAAACACCAGGCAGAAGUUCCUCAUCUACAGCGGCAAUAACUACCAGGGUCCUGGAGGGCUUGUAGACUAUUUGGACAAAGACGUGAUUCCAGAUUUCCUUGGAGGAGAAUGUAUGUGCAAUGUCCCUGAGGGUGGACUGGUCCCCAAGUCACUUUAUCAAACAGAUGAAGAACCGGAGAACUCUGAUCACAUCCGACUAUGGACAGAAACCAUCUACCACUCUGCAAAUGUUCUUAAAGGGGCUCCCCACGAGAUCGUUGUGGAAAUCCUGGAGGGCGAGUCUGUGAUCACAUGGGACUUUGACAUCCUGAAGGGAGAUGUGGUGUUCUGCCUCUUUCACUCCAAGAGAGCGCCCGAGACCAGUCGCAAAGAGGCCACUUCAUCAAGUGCUUUGACUGCUGGGGACAACAUGCAGCUAAUCGAUAAGAGCUGGGUUCUGGGGGUGGAUUAUAGCCGCAUGGAGUCUCCGCUGGUGUGCCGGGAAGGAGAGAGCAUCCAGGGAUCUCAUGUGACUCGUUGGCCUGGCUUUUAUGUUCUGCAGUGGAAAAUGCACAGCUCUUUGCCAUGCUCUGGCACCAGCCUCCCUCGAGUAGAUGAUGUCCUGGUCUCUUUGCAAGUUUCCAGUCACAAGUGUAAACUCAUGUACUACUUUGAGGUGCUUGCAUCCAAGGAUUUCAGGGGGUCCAUGUCAAGCCUGGAAUCCUGCAACAGUGGCUUUUCCCAGCUCAGUGCAGCCACGACAUCUUCCAACCAAUCCCAGAGCAGCUCCCUCAUUUCUAGAUAGCGUGGCGUAGGCCUCUAUUGACCUCUGAAAUGUUACGUCCGCGCUUGGAGGCCUCCCUCCAGGGCAGCUCUGUGGACCAACCCAAAGAGGCUGCAGUGUGGCUCAGCGUCAAGGCUUUGGGGGCAGUCAUUCAUAAGACCACGAGUAGCAGCAGUCUGGGGAACUCUUUGGAAUCUAUUUUCAGUAAGAGACGUGUGACUUUUCAAUCUGCAAACUGGAUUCCAUUGAAAGGCCUACUUACCAGUUGUGUUUUAACAGACCUGUGUUUUAGGGUGAAUAUCACUUUGCAUGAAUCUGUGUAUUACUAAGGUUAAAGGGCUCUUUCCAAUCAGUCCUAUUUCUACAUACGAUAGAGGAGACUGAUGUGGCCUUAUUUGUAAUGACCCGUAGAACUAGAUUUAUUCACAUAUAGCAAAAUUAGUCUAGUUUUUCUGGGCGCCUGCAAUACCAAUGACACUCAAAAUACAGUGGGUGUUUCAGCAGCAGGGACUUGAAGCAAAUUGUAAAUAAAUACCUGAAGACAGGACAGUACGUUUUGACGGGGGUGGGGAGAAAGAGGAGAAACUUCCAAGGUGACCCAAACCUGAAACCUCUCCCAAUCCGAUUGGAUGUUGCUUGGAAAUGCUUCCAAUUUUUUAGUUAAAAAAACCCAGUAUUUCCUGCAGUGCAUAGGCAGAAAGCCUACCUCCAGCAAGCAAGUCCUUUCUUAAAGACACCCACUUGUCUUUAUUUCCUCCUCAGGUUUAUGAGCAAUAAAUGAGUGUCUCUCUGACCCACCCCAUCAGACUGGGUGGGAAUCAAAUCACAUUAUAAAGGGCUAAGAAAAGCAAUAUGUUCUUUCCUUAAAGGCACAAGUUUUAUGGCAGCAUUAUAGGAGCUGCUCCUUUAAAAACGGGCUAACUUGGAGAGGAGAGAACUCUUUUUUUCUAAAGUAUGUGUGCAUGUGUAUUUAAACACUUAAUGAAACAUAUUUAUUCAAAUUGUAUCAUAGCUUAUUUUAAAUUAUUGCUUAAUUUAUUUAUAAUUUCAGUGAUAACUAUUUAUUGAACCAGAUCACCUUUUUUAACCGGCUGCACUUUUUUGUUUUAAAAGGGAACGGCAGAUCUUCUUGAAACCCACAGACCUUUAGAUUUCAUUUCUAGUCUCUGUGGCAGCUGGACGUCUUAGCGUUCAGGGCUGUAGCACUCAGGGCAGUGUGCCAUCUCUUCUCCCAAAGCUCAUGGGAGUGGCACCACUGACUUCAAUGUUACUCGCGUGAGUAAGAUUUUGCAAGAGCAGGGACCGAGUUUGUGGAUGUUAUUGGCAGGGAGGGAGCAUUAAGAGCUGUUGAAGAUAUGUUCUUGUACAAUCUCUGCUGAUUACGUCAGUGACGGACGUAUUGCAAAAGGAGUAAGAACUAGGAAGGUAGAAAAACAGGUGGUCGAUACAGAGCUGCUUCUGGGCAGUAUUUGUAACUAACAGACAUGCAAGAAGUAUUCCUCAAUAAGAGUUUAUCUUCUCUGCCCCACCCAUCCUUAACCGUCUCACUACCUUCAUUUGCUUGUUUCUAAGCACAGGGCAUUGCCAGAAUGGGGGGAAAAACUGAUAACUGGAGCAAUGUACAUAAGGAAGUUAGUGUAUAAAUACGUAGGCUGGAUUUUCAAAGGAACCUAGGGAGUUAGGCAUCUAGUUCACAUUGACUUUUAGUGGCAGUUCCAGAAGAUAAAUUGAGGCCCCCUUGAACAUCCUAGCUGUCACUCAUAGCAUGGAAAAGGAAAGCUCCAGUGACCGUGCGAACACCUGCCUGGUAAAACCCUUACUAAAUAAGAACGAACAUCAGGGACUCUUCCAAGCAUUUGCCAGUGCUUAGUUAUCUCCAUCAAGUGAACGAGGGUUUUGCCUUUCUCAGGUAGGGGCUGCCAUUUUAAUGAUACCUCUCAAGCAAGUCCCAGUUUAAUGUGAAGAGAGAAUGGAAAAUGGGCUUCACCAUGAGAGAGCCCUGGAAAUCAAAGUUGGUGAGAGCGAGUGUAUGUGUACCCACAUACACAAAGUUGCUUUAACCACAACUGACUCGCUUUCUAAAAACAAUUACUCAAUUUACUGUAUAACUUUUAAACGGUUUUGAUUUCCAGCCCUUUCCAACAGCAAAGCCCAAGUCCUAUUCUGUGCCAUAUUUCAAGAUGGCUGCUUGUUUCUUGGUUUGAUAGUUACGUUUUUUCAUAUUUACUCUGUCCCUGUAAGAAUAGUUCUCUUUCAGCCAGUAAAAAGUACUGAAGGUGGAAUUCUCAGCUUAGAAUUUAUUGCAUGCCUGCACAUUCUGAACUGAGAUGGGGAACAAGAGCCUUAAGUGGAAGGGGUAAAGGCCAGGGGAUGGCUCACUCCUGCUGUCUUUCUAGGGCUUCUUACAAUGGCCAGUGUUCUUUCCCAUGAUCCUGAAACAUCAAUCUCCCGUGCACCGAGUACCAUGUGUGAGGUUGCACUGUAAUUCCAGACGUGUAAAAAAA